AUGAGUAAAUAUACACUAAAAGACCUUCUGAUUAAAAAAUCAGGGAAAUUCGAAACAAGCACUUCAGAAUCAAUUUUUAAUGAAUGAAGGUCAUGCGAGCUAUUAUCUGGAUUUUUUAGCUUAAUAGGACUUGCAGCCGCUACUUUUGAUUAUGAAUUUAGUUACUCUUUUGACCGGACUCAUGACAAUUGCGCAGAAAAACUAGACCGAGUUGAAUAUUUCCGAGAAAUGAUUUGUGUUACCACUUUUGCUUCCUUCUUUUUCCUUGUUCAAAGAGAUAGCAAAAAGGCUCUAUUAGAUAAAUACUUAAUGAAGCAGGAACCGGAAUAUAAAGUUACAAUAUGAAAUUUUCCAGUAAUUUUAAAAAGGAAAAUUAAAAAUACCUUUAGUUUUAGCAGAAUUAUUGAGCUUUUUCUGCUAUUUAUUUUUCCAUAUCCUUAUGUGAAUGCGCCGGUUUAUAUGCCAUAUCGACAUAACUAUGAAAUUAUAAAUAUCUGCUAUAAUCUUUCAGAACUUUUAUAUAUUUUUAUGAUAGUGAGACUAAUUUUUGUAUAUAGAGCUAUUAUCAAUUAUACUCCCUAUCAAAAUCAUUUAGCAAGAACUUUCUGCUUAAAUCAUAACGCCAAAUCAAAUGUAAGAUUUGUAUUUAAAUGCUUAGUAGCUCUACAUCCUCUAGUAGUAAUUUUAUUUUUGCUAUUGAUUCCUUCUGUAAUUAUAUGUGGCUGUUUAAUGAGAAUUGUGGAGAGGCCUUUAAUUGAUCUUUCUCAUCAAGAUUUUCAUAACCCAUUAAGUGGGAUCUGGUGCAUGUUUUCUUCAAUGUCUAGUGUAGGUUUUGGGGAUCUUUAUCCUAUUAGCUAUUUAGGCAGAAUUAUGGCUGUUUUAGGCUACUGCCUCGGCACAAUUUUUCUAUCUCUUAUCAUAUUAGUUAUUCAAAAAAACUCAAAUUUCACGACUAAUGAGACAAAAUCAUUUUCUUCUAUUUAUAAAACUAAAGCAGCAGCGGAAACUAUACAAGCUGGCCUGGUUUAUUUUGGAUUAAAAAAUAAAUAUGGUAAAAAUCAUCAAUUUACUAAGAAAUCAUAUGGAAUUUUACGUGAAAAAAUAAUAAAAGUUAAAAAAAAUAGAGAAAAUAUUUUCAAAAUGGGUGGGGCUGGAGACGAAUUUUUAUCAGCGAUAAAAGAAAAAGUGGAAAAACUAACAGACCAUUUAGAUAAAGUCGAAAAACUGUGUGAGAAAAUUAUUAAUAAUAGAAAAUUUCAAAAAUUCCUUGAAGAAGAAAGAAAAUAA